UAGCCCGUUGGUUAUUUCUCUUUUCAGAAAAAAACAGUGAAGUGCACUAAAAUCGACACUAUACGCUUUGAAAGCAGCCUGAGAACCAAUUAGAUCACAGCGUGGAAUCUACCAACCAGACUGAUCUGCUCCUAUGAAUAAGGUCAGAACCAGUGGCAAGGCCCCGCUCAAGCAGCUGGCCACCAAGGCGGCUCGCAAGAGCGCGCCGGCCACGGGCGGCGUGAAGAAGCCCCACCGCUACCGGCCCGGCACGGUGGCCCUGCGCGAGAUCCGCCGCUACCAGAAGUCCACCGAGCUGCUGAUCCGCAAGCUGCCCUUCCAGCGCCUGGUGCGCGAGAUCGCGCAGGACUUCAAGACCGACCUGCGCUUCCAGAGCUCGGCCGUGAUGGCGCUGCAGGAGGCGUGCGAGGCCUACCUGGUGGGGCUCUUCGAGGACACCAAUAAGUGCGCCAUCCACGCCAAUUGCGUCACCAUCAUGCCCAAGGACGUCCAGCUCGCGUGCCGCAUCCGUGCGGAAAGACCAUAACCCAAAGCGUUUGUUUUCUCUGUACUGAAAAAGGCUUUUUUCAGAGCCCCCUACUUUAUCCAUAAGACCUGUUGUAAUGCUUUCCCGUGUUUUACCUCCCUUGGCAAAAGUAGUUUCUCUUUUUUCAGAAAUACUUAAAAACCUGAAGUAGUGGUACACACUAGAUUUUCUAACACCGGAUCCUGCUUGGAUUUAUAAUAAUUUGUGGUGUGUAAUGGUGUAUAAUCCAUUACUUAAUUUUAGAAAAUCGCUUCACUUUUCACCCCUCAGGCUAUCUUUCAAACCAUAGUUGUAUUUGAUGAGAAGGAGGUAGGCAUGGAAUGGCUUCUAGGUAUUAAAGAUCAAAAAGGACAUCUUCCUAAUAAAGUGACUUGCCUCUUAACAUGCAGGCUUAUAUCCGUAUGGAUUCUGAAAGGAAAUUGUAAUCAGUGGGGUCAAAAUCUAGGAAAAUCAAACGAAAUUAGUACCUUAAUGGGCUUCCAACCCACUGGUAGG